AAUAAUUUAUGAUAGUUAGAGAACUGCUCGACAAAGUAACCCAUGAUAUUACAUUAUGCACAUUUAGCCCGAACGCUCAUAAAUAUUUACGGAUUGGUUUCAAAGACCAAACAAUCGUUGACAUUACGAGUUUGGGCUAAUCCCAUUUUGCCGAUGUCGGUGUGCUAAAAAUAGCGAUGAACCUAUCCACGCGACAGAAGACAGACGACAGUGCACAGCCCCCUAGUAAACAAUUGGAAGAGGCGAGAGCGCGGCGGGAGCACCACAUGUGUGUUUGAAGGGAUCUGUCUUGUUCGAUGGACACACGAAAACGAUGUCCUUGUUUAGGGUAUGAUUACAGUACCCUGCAGUAAACGGAGUUUGCUUUUUGCUGGGAGAGCCAGCUCAGUAAACGUGCAAGACGUGUUGACAAAGCCCCGGUACAGCACACCUGUUCGGCUGUAAUGGGAGACAUCUUCUAAAGCCAGUGUCAGGCCGUAUGUUUGUCCACAACAGGGAUCAGGGAUACAGAGGGAGAAAGACGCCAUGAUGGACCUUAAGGACCCAUUUUACCGCCAGUUAUUCUGGAUUUUCAUAUAUAUCACAAGUGUGUUGCUGUCGUGUGGACACUGCCGAGGGAAUUCCUUUGAGGAGGGUGAGGGUAACUCGAAGUCAUAUGUGUCCAAAUAUGGCAAAGAGUACCCUUCGCUUAACAACAAGCUAAGCGUUGAUGGCUUUGUCGGCAAUAGGAAUCCAGAUUCAUUUCGACACAUUGAGGAGGAGUUUGAAAAACUGAACGCUGACUCAAGUAGUCUUAAUCAACAUUUCCAGGAGUUGGGCACCAAUGCCUCGAAAGUUUUGAAAACUGUUUAUGACAUGGAUGAAUACUUAGACAGGUGGAAGGCAAUCCUGUAUAUACUUCAGAAGGUGUAUGACACUAGCGUCAAUGGAACCCUUCCUAUUGAGAAAAUGAGAAAAUCUGCAGCAGGACAAAUGAAAUCUCUGUUCAAAAGUGCUCACAAGAACCUACCAGCCUUGUUUGUACUGAUCGAUUCCCAGAUUCGAGGCACAGACGACCCUGAGGACGACAGUCUCUUGAGAAAGUAUGUAACAAAGAAACUAGGCGACAUGACGUCAACGUCAGAAAGUCCUAUUAGUCUGAAUAUAGCAGUGAAUGACUCCAUGUCGUUUUUAAGCCAACUGAUGAAGCUCCAGGUCCGAGGAGCCCUUCUGUACGACAUGACGUGCGCGCCAGAAGACAUCCGCUGCAGACAAAGGAUUGUCAUAAUGGAACGGGAUCUUCUCGCUCAGAACAAUCACCUUAAGAUGUGUACCCCGAUGUUGAUGACAGCUUUGUUCCAUGAGGUUGCCAAAGAUUUGUACAUGUCAAAACCACUGACAAAUGAAGUAUUGUAUAAUAUUGAGUCACAAACGUUAUCCAGCCAACAAGGGACAGUGGACCUGGCGUCGGCAGAAGUGAAGGGCACCGCAGUCAAAUGUGCCAGAAGGAAGGACGUUGAUGAUGACCCUGCCACAUGGACAUUUGAAUCAGCACUUCCCUUUGGAAAACUUGGAUAUUUUAUCCGCGGGAAGAAUGAGUGUUACGUAGGUUUUGAUAGGUCUUUCCUAAAAUAUAUCCAGGACGAACUGGACGACCGCAAUGCUGCUGGAGCCGAAGACGACGAGGUGCUGUUGUGUAGCCAUGCCCUGAGACCCCAGGACAGAAACACGCAAACAUUUACCAUCGAGCCCUCGGUGGCCAACUAUUCAUCGAAGUAUAAGCUCAAGAAUGUGCUGACCAAGAAGUAUCUGAUGACAUCUAGGACCAAUGUGUUACUCAAUGAUGAUGUCAAGAAUAGUCACGUGGUCAACCUCAUCCUCAGACAUUGUGAUGGACAGGAAUAUGGUUGCCACUGGGACAUCACAGAGACAAUGCCCAACUGCAUUGAGCGCAAAUCAGACAGCUUCGCAUACACGUUAAUAUUAAAACUGUACGUGCUCAUUAUGGGGGUACUCUUCAUCAUGCUCAUUGCGUCGCUUGUGGUCGUCUGCUUAUACCGGAAACAGAUCCGCAGGGAAUACCUCCAGUACCGAAGAGUCAAUACACAAGACGUGAUUAUCCCCCCUUCCUACAGAUUUCCCAGCCGGACAUGACGACAGUGAUGAGUACUUUUGUGACGUCAUCGUACAACCCAUGGAGGGUUUAUGUUGGGUGUCUCCUAAACCCAAAGUGUAAGUGUCUCGAAGCGCCCACAAGGGACCUUCAACAGGUGUUAGAUGUGCUUGAUUUGGGACCGGAUGUAACUCAGUGUUGACCAGUCGAUGACGUCAAAAAUUCCAAGGAGGUAGGACUAUUAAUGAAUUCAUCGGAUAAAUGUGUUCAUUUCAUGAAAUCCAUGACACGUUUUAAUACCAUGAAGCACCAAGUCUGUGAGAAUCUCGAAACUGCUCGGAGUCCAACAGUAAAGAAUAAGCAAAUCCCUAGGAUUUUAGGACCACGGUCAUACGGUGUAUUAAACAAGGAGGCAGUCAGAUGUGAUUAGUGAUGUGUCUGGAGAAGUAUGGUCAGAUCCCACCUGACGAUGGCGGGUGUCCUCCUGAUGUCAAACAUUGUACCCAAAGUGGAAAACAGGUCAUCGGUUAUGUCAUAAUGAUCGCAUUUUCAAUUAUUUGACAUAAUGUUUGUAGUAUCUCCUCGUGUAGUUACGACUAGUGACCUACAGUAGACUAUGUUUCUUUGGCAAAUCACCGAUAACGUCCUGCCUUGCACCAUUAUAACUGAAUUGCAAUGGAUGUGUUCUUACUUCCUAUAGCUCAGUCUCAUUAUAUACGCUAAAAUUCUAAAAUUUAAGUUCAAACGAGACCAAAUGUGAAAAAAUGCAUUCUGAAUCUCUCGUUUGGAAUCGCUAGUCUGAUCCAAACUGUAAUCCAAUUAGAGUGAACGACCGAGUUUCAGUUGUCUGUGAAAAUUACACCAAGUACUCCUAGGGAUGCUGCAGUCAUUUCUCUGUGAUCGUAGACGUACACGUAUAGCUGCCACUGGAGACAAAGUCAUCGCUUUUACUUCCCAAGGAAUCAAGUUCAAACAGAAUGACCAAGCGGUACCUGACACUUUGUCUUCUGUAAAGAUCAGCAACAAAAUGAAUAUUUCAGUUUCCGCUGAGUAAAAUCAAAUUAAAGACCCGAUACUACACCCACUGGGCACACGCUUCUCAUGUUAUCCCCCUGACCUGACUGGUAAGUUGAAAUUAAUGCGAUUGCUUCGGGAUUUGUAGCCAAUCGCCGUGGCGGCAUUUCUCUACCCAUUCUGACGUUAGUAUUCACCUCUUAUGCUGGUUUAUUAAUACCACACGUCAUCGUGGGGUAGCCUAGUGGUUAAAGUGUUAGCUCGUCACGUCGAAGCCCCGGGUUCGAUUCCCCACAUGGGUACAAUGUGUGAUGCCCAUUUCUGAUGUCCCAUGUCGUGAUAUUGCUGGAAUAUUGCUAAAUUCGGCGUAAACCCAUACUCACACGUCAUCAUAUGACUGAAAUCCAAUAAGCGUUAAACCCACCUCAUCUGCUUUUGGCAACAACAAAGCGUCCCCUCUCUCAUGGUUAAAGCGUCCGCUCGUCACACCGAAACCCCGGGUUCGAUUCCUCACAUGGGUACAAUGUGUGAAGCAAAUUUCCAACGUCGUGAUAUUGCUGGAGUAUUACUAAAAGUGGCUUAAAACUAAACUCCCUCACUAUAUAUACAAAUAAAGCUAAACAACAGCUGUGGGAGCUUGAUGAGUGAGAUCAUGCGAUGGAAUAACAGUAUUCUGGGAAACGUUCUGAAGCGAUCUCCUGUACAUGGUUAUAAAUUCCAUUUUCUAUUUACUAUUUAUCUAUCACUUGUCUUUGAAGCAUUUCUUUUGAAACGUAUGUUUUCCUGUGGAGCCUAUGAAUAGUGGAAAGGACAGUGCGACGUCAGGAUCCGCUGGAAGCGCUCGAUCAAUCUAUCACGUCAGCCCGUGGGAACGUAAUAACUUCCAUCAUCCGCUAUGUUGUAUAUAAAGCAUGAUAUAGAAAAGGCGCCACGUUACACUUUGAAAGUGUUUUUUCUAUAGCUCGAACAUUGGGCAGUUAUGUUAGGAACCUUUACUCAUAUACCGCUCAACUGUGUAUAGUGUAUAAAUAUACUUGUAGUCAUACUGAAUCUUUGAAUUAUUUGUGUGAAGCCCUGGUGUCCCCCGCCGUGAUAUUGCUGGAAUAUUGCUAAAAGCUGCGGAAAACUAAACUCACUCACUCAUUGAAUUAUUGUCAAGUCAUUGUCAAACGCGGAGUAGUGUAUAUUAUCAUGGCAUACCCAUUUUGCAUGUCAUUUUAGUCGUUAUGACGGACUAUUUAAAAGCUCAAACAACCUUAUGUAAACAAUUCAGUAUAAUGAUAGUACACGAUCGGGGCUCUAAUAAGGUGUAAUGGCCACCAGAUCGAGCUUUGUUAUUAACACUCAGCUGAAGCUUCAAGUUUGUAUGUAUUUUUGCAUCAGCUGUAGAGUAUAUAUGCUAGUCAUCCCAUGAUGUGCCAAUUUGUCUUGGUGCGAAGCUGUCCCCAAAGAUCAGCAUAAAUCGAAGACGGACACCUUUAUAUACUACUCACACUUUGCUAAGGAUCACUUAAACGUAGAUUUAUAAUUUUAAAUUGUAUCCAUUUAAAACUGGAUAAAUAAUAAUAUGGUAGCCUCUCCAUGGGCAAGCACUCACUUUAAUCUAACCUUAUGCACUUGAUACAUAGUAACCAUAAAAUGGUUUUCAUGGCACCAGUCAACCAUUUUGCAAAUCAUGGAACAAGUUAUUGACAAGUACGCAACACCUGUCAAUAGGAGGUAUGGGAUCCACAAGACGAAAUGACAAACUGAAACCAAGGAUCCAUGCUUACAAUAAGCGUAGAUAUUUAAACCAAAUUUGACCCCACAUCAUAGUUUUCUGUUGAAUCCAUGAUUUGAUCCUUAGCAAAAUGUGAAUAGUAUACUUCUCUUCUGCACAGGUCCUUCCCUCACUUCCCGUUGUGCAUAGUGUAUAUAAAUCGUUCAUGUACAUAUAGAGGGCAAUUCUUUGCACAAAGUUAACUCGAAUAGUGCACAUAGUUGUAAAUACUGUGUCUAUGAAUAUUGUCACAUGUAAAACGUACACAUGAUUUUUUUCUAUUUAUAGGGUUAUUCUUUUUAUUAUAUCAAUUAUCAUAAGCGAAAAUCGUGUCUGUUUUUAACGCUGUAGUAAUGAGGUUGUGUUUGAAGCAAGUAUGCUUGACAGAGUUACCUCCCCUUUAUUUGACUCUGGGGAAGGGUGCAUAAGACCUGUCGCUUUCAUUCCUCUUUUGCAGUUUACUUGUAUGAAACAAUAUUAUUCCAUUUCUUAAACUCCAGUAAUUCUUUGAAUGUGAAUUUGUUUAGAAAUUUCAAUUUUGGGAACAUUUGACCAUAUUUUCCAACCGCUAUAUUUCUAUUACGGUGAUUGUCACGAUUGUGUCAGUUGACAUUGUUCUUGUUAUUUAGCUCUUGGUGACAUGUUUCGUAGUCUCGUUACUUUACCUGUAUGACGUCAUUCGUAAGUUACGUAAUCUUCUCACAAAUAUUUUCAUCGCUAACCCGCUUGUUACUUCCCAUGUGAAGCCAGCAUACCUACUUGUUCCCGUUAUGCCAGUUGUAAGUUUAACAUCAGGGGCAUAGAAAGGAGAAAACUAGAACAGAUCACUUUAUAUCGUCUAUUGCUCAGAAGCGCCCAUUUUUCGGAAAUAUUUAAGUAGUAUUUGUUGACGUUGAAAGACAUGUACAUAUAAAAAUAUGUGAAAGGAAAAAAACACUAAUUUUUUUUAGAGUUUUUAGAAUAUUGUAAAGAUCCUCUACAACUAUGUUAUACAAUGGAAGAGCUAGACGUUUAUCUAAUUUUGUAGUGAUUAACAGCGCCUAUAGAUGAUAAUGAUUUUCCUCAAGAAUUCAGGUAUACUUCCAUGAUCUCAGUUAAGUAUCCAUUUACGUUUCGGUUGUCGUUUUAGUUGUAUUAUAUACGCCAAACCUCUAUUUUUGUACUCAACUCUUUGUUUCUCUGUGUACAAAUUUACUUCCACCAACUAUUAAAUAUUUGUACUAUA